UGUUUUGGUUCUAAAGGGGAAGUUGCGAGAGAAAAGAAAGGAGGAGACUUGAUCGGGGUUGGUAAAAUUCCCACUAACCGACCCCAAUAAUAAGGAAAACCUUUCAAAAAUUUGAGAACCCCGUCGUCGGAAAUCAGUUCGUGCAACCUGUCGGCUGACAUUCAGCCAGUACUGGGACAGCUCUCAGUGUGUGUGUGACCACUUAAAGGAGACGGGGUGAUUGACGACUGUCAUGGCCAAUAGGGGAGGAGCAACACGCCCCAACGGGUCCAACGCGGGCAAUAAGAUCUGCCAGUUUAAACUGGUCUUGCUAGGAGAGUCGGCUGUGGGAAAGUCCAGCCUCGUACUGCGCUUCGUCAAAGGGCAGUUUCAUGAGUUUCAGGAAAGCACAAUAGGAGCGGCCUUCCUUACACAGACAGUGUGCUUGGAUGACACAACGGUAAAGUUUGAGAUUUGGGACACAGCCGGACAGGAGCGCUACCACAGUUUGGCCCCUAUGUACUAUAGAGGGGCCCAGGCUGCCAUUGUAGUUUAUGACAUCACCAAUGAGGAGUCGUUUGCAAGAGCAAAGAACUGGGUUAAGGAGCUUCAGAGGCAGGCCAGUCCGAAUAUUGUCAUCGCGCUGUCUGGGAACAAGGCUGACCUUGCCAACAAGAGAGCUGUGGACUUCCAGGAUGCUCAGUCUUAUGCAGAUGACAACAGUUUGUUGUUCAUGGAGACGUCAGCAAAGACUUCCAUGAAUGUCAAUGAGAUCUUCAUGGCCAUUGCGAAAAGGUUGCCCAAGAAUGAGCCCCAAGCCGCCGGAGCCAACAGUGGGCGGAGUAGGGGCGUGGACCUCACAGAGACAGCCCAACCCACUAAGGCCCCCUGCUGCAGUAACUAACACAAAACAAAUCCCCCCUCACCAAACUCUGUUACCGCAACAACUAACGCAAGGUCCCGCCCUCCAACUUGGUUUUUGACUAACUAAUGAAAUGCCUCCGCUUUCCCCGUUUUCCACAACUCUCUUACGCUGUAACAAAAGCUCUGCCCCGCCCAUGUAUCUGCGGUGUUUUUGUUUUGUUGUUCUUCUGUAAAGACCCAGGCCUCUUACUGUAUUCAUGCUUAAGGUCAUGCCUUGUCUCCAUACUGUAAUAUAUGCCGUCACAGAUAUCCAUCAGAAAAAAAAAAAAAAAAAAGAAAAAAUCUUUGAAUGCCAUUUGCCUGACCUGGACGAAAAGGGGUGGGGCCUCUGCGAGGGUUCACCUGCCCAGUCAUAAUUCAGAACUCUACAGUCGCUUCUUUUUCUCAAAUCUGUUUUCAUCUUUUUUUUUUUUAUGAUUUAGUUUUAUAGAAAUGUACUUUUCUGAAUAAUGGAUGCAUGUAUCACUACAAAGCCUGAAAAUGGUAAAUCAAAGUUUUAACCUUAUCCAACGGCACACGUGGUGAGAGAGAACGUGACAAGUUACCCCGGCCCCUUUGCUCCGCCCCCGUCUCGUUUCCUUGCUCUUUCCCUCUCGCUCUGAUUCUGGAUGUCCCAGCGGCUCUGUUCAGUGGCAGACUGCCCACUUCCUGAGGCUGCGCCGCCAACAAAAAAGCCCACCUCCUUCUAAACCGCACACACAUAGCCGAGAUCCCGCCUUCUUGUUAUUCUCUCACCAGUUAGCAAGCCUUCACUUUUUUUCAUCAGCUUUAUUGGCACCGUCCUAUAACUGAAUGAAUAUGUGGUUGCGCUUUCAUUCAGCAUAAAAGGCGUAAGCUCCAAAAAAAAAAAAAAAAAAAAAAAAAAAAGUCUACGUAAGAUAAGUAACUUCCCUUUCACAAACAUGCACCAGUCACGCUCGCACUCUUCUGGUUCUAACUCACCCAGGUGUUUCUUACUCCAUGCCUUGCACUAAUUUUUGGUCUUGAUAUUAUCUCUUGCAAGUACAGCCAGAGUGAUAUAAAUAUAUAUAAAUAAUUUACUGUAAAUAGGGUGUUGCAAUGUAUUCGUCUUUUCCAUUUACUGUUGCAGGACUAAUGCUUGAUAGGGAGUUAGAUAAUCAUUAAAAAAAACAAAAAAACAAUUGUACAGUAACCAAGAAUUGCUUUGAUAGGGGGUUGGAGUUAUGUUUCUUUUUCACAAAUGGUUAAAUUAUAAUCAAUGGUGGUCUUAUAAAACUGUAUGUAGUGUUAUUAACAAAAAAAAAAAAAGCUUUUCUUUAGUGGUCUGUUUUGUAAUUUUCAUGAGAGAGCAAAAACCUUCACAAAUGUUUUUGUCACUAAACAGUGUCCACAUCAACGGAUUAUGAUAGUUCUUCCUAUGCUUUUUGUCCCAGUAUCGGACAACACAUACUUUUAACAUACUCUUGAUCUUCUACUGUUUAGGAUACUGGUACCACAUAAAUUCGCUGCUACAUUCAAUUUCUGUCUUUUUUUUUUUUUUUCUUUUUUUUUUUUAAAGUGUCCCCCCUUUGAAACUAAAUGCAGUUAUCUAAAUAUUACUGUUAAUGUAUCAAAUAAAUUUCUUAUAAAUGGUAUUGAUAAUAUUGUGUGUUCAGAGGGCCAAAUUAACUUCUAGUCUUAUCACUGUGUGGAAUUCCCACCGCAGUGUGGAUUCUUGUGUAAUAGCAUUUGUUUGUGAUAAUGACCCAUAACAAGUAAAUUGUACCUUGAGUCACAA